UUCUUUGCCGACUUUCUCACCUCCUCCCACUACUUCCACUAACUUCAUAACCACCGCCCUGCCACCCCUGCACCUCCUCAUGCUCCUCCGCUUCUUCCAUGGCUGACCCGAAUAACCGACCCGUCACCGGCUACCCAGCUCCGACCACCAAUGGUCACCCACCGCCGCCGUCCAACACCUCCUACCCCUACGCUGCACCACCACCUGCUGCUUACUACAACCAACAAUACUACACCGGACCAGCUUACCACCAGCCUGAUCCCGACGCCAUCCGCCGCGCCACCUUCCUUCGCCGCCUCUUCGCUUUCAUAAUUGCCGGCGUCAUCGUCCUCGGCACCAUCCUCUUCAUCAUCUGGCUGGUUCUCCGCCCCCGUCUUCCCGAGUUCCGAGUCGACUCGCUCUCGGUUUCCAACUUCAAUCUCUCCUCGAGUACCCUUGUCUCGGCGGAUUUCGACGUGAAAAUUACUGCUCGGAACCCUAAUGGAAAAAUCACUCUGUUUUACGACAACGUUGAGGCGGCCGUUUAUUUUUAAGAAUUUUCAGCUUUCCCAAACUACUCUUCCGCCGUUUUCUCAGGGGAAGAAGAAUGAAACCUCGUUCACGGCGGAAUUGGCUGCGGUAAAGGCUUAUUUGGAUGGAGAUAUUGCGAAUGGGAUUAAUGGGGAAAGAGGGAAAAAUGGAAAUGUGGUGCUUAAUGUCAGGAUGCUUAUGGAGGUGAGGUUCAAGGCGGGUGCUUGGAAGGCUAGGAGGAGGUAUUUGAAGGCGUUUUGCGGGGAUUUAUCGGUAGGGAUUUCGGCUAAUGCGAGUAAUGGGACUUUAACCGGUGGACCUCGACAGUGCCGUGUUGGCCUUUGAGGGAUUUGAGGUGAAAUGGGAUUUUUAUCAAAUCAAUGAAAAUUUUAAAGUUCUUAGUAGUUUUAUACUUAGAAUGCAAUUUUAUUGUGCCUUGAUUAGUGAGUAUAAGCAAUGUAAUAUGAUGAUUAGGAAUUGGCAUUUGAAUUAGGGGCACUGUGACUUGAUGUUGUGUUUGUGAAACGCUGUGUUGGUAGUGUAAUUCCCAUUACGCUUGAGACAGUAUUGUCGUAGGUUCUUACAUAGUGAUUAGUGUACAGUUGGUAUUGCAGUAUUCAUAUUUUCUCGCA